UUUGACACAAAUGUUUUUACCCAGAAUGCAACGCGUAUCACAGACCGGAAGUAAACUACACUUUGCAAAAAUAUUAAUGUUGUGGAGCAUAAACUGGAGAAAAACUAUUAUUUGGAAGAAUACAAAAAAGCAUUUGUUCGUUUUUUGUUAGCUAACGUAUCUAACAGUAAUCAAUAUGAGUCAGUUUAUGAUUGCUCUCUCUUCAAACUAAAGCGAAGAAGCGAGGCGUUUCAGGAAGAAGUGUGAAAUGUCGUUUCCCCAGCCCAAACCUGAGGUCCCCCAGCUCCCCCAACACCUUCUCAGGACCAUAGACUGCCAGCAAGGGGCUGUAAGAGCUGUGCGAUUCAAUGCUGAUGGUAACUACCUGCUGUCUUGUGGCAGUGACAAGUCUCUGAAGCUGUGGAGUGUGAGUCGAGGGACACUACUGAAGACGUACAGUGGCCAUGGAUACGAGGUGCUAGAUGCUGAUGGUUCCUAUGACAACAGCCAGCUAUGCUCCUGCAGCUCGGACAAGACGGUGAUCCUCUGGGACGUCGCCACGGGACAGGUCACCCGGAAACUCAGGGGUCACGCUGGGAAAGUCAACUGUGUCCAGUUCAAUGAAGAAGCUACAGUCAUUUUAUCUGGCUCCAUAGAUGGUACAGUGCGUUGCUGGGACACCAGGUCCAGAAAGUUUGACCCCAUCCAGAUUCUGGACGAGGCUCAAGAUGGUGUCAGCAGUCUGAAGGUGUCUGAACACGAGCUGCUCACUGGGUCAGUGGAUGGGAGAGUGAGGCGGUAUGACCUGCGGAUGGGCCAGCUGCAUGUGGACUUCAUCAACAGCCCCAUCACGUGUGUGUGUUUCAGUGCGGACGCCCAGUGCACUCUGACCUCCAGCCUGGACUCCACCGUGCGUCUACUGGACAAGAGCACAGGGGAGAUGCUGGGAGAGUACACAGGACACAAGAUGAAGGGCUACAAGCUAGACUGCUGUCUGUCCAGUAAAGAUACUCACGUACUGAGCUGCUCUGAGGACGGACACGUCUACUGCUGGGACCUGGUGGAGGGUUCUCUGACGCUGAAGCUGCCAGUCGGGAAGGCUGUCGUCCAAUCGCUGUCCUUCCAUCCCUCAGAGACCCGCCUCCUCACAGCCAUGGAGGGGCGUGUCCAGGUGUGGGGGGCGGAGCCGGAGGAAGCGGAGGAGGACGAGGACGUGGUGGUUGUUAAACAGGAAAAAGUAUAGUAGUCACUAGAUGGACAAAAUAGAUAGGACAAGAGUCAUGGGUCAUGAUAUCAUCAGAACUGAUGAGUUCCCUACUGUACAUUAACUGUCUGCUCUUGACUCAGGGUCAGGGAUCGGAUUUUGGUUGAGGGAAAUGGUUGAAAUCACGUGUGGUUAAAAAGUGACGUACCUCUGCUGUUGCUAGCAUGGCUAAAAUAUGGAAUAAAUCAGUGAAAAUCAAUGAAAAGUACAGCUGAUGUCCUAGCAUUAUCAAGACCGUUUUUUAAAAUAUGCAUUGUAAAUAUUUUGUAAACGAUGAGCUUUGAAUAAACCCUUCUUGUUUUCCAAAUGAA